CAUGUACUAGAUAAGUUAGUAAUGAAUUCUAAUAAAAAAUGUGAAUUGCCAGAGUUUUUUUAAUUUUCCCAAAUAUGUUAAUUUAGGACUAAUGAUGUUUUUCCGAGAAACGCCUCAAUUGGAUUUGGGACAUUUAACUCUGACAGAAAAACAGGCAAUAGUUAAUAUGUACAAGCAAAGCUUAAUAGAUCAAUCCACUUUGAGAAUGUUUGCUGUUGUUGACAACAUAUCGGUUGCAAUAGGUGUCGCUAAAUCCACUGUUUAUCGUACAUUGAAAGAAUAUAAAUGUACUGGAACCGUUAUCGAUUCACCCCAUCGUGGAGGGCGACCUAAGAUAAUAGCAAAUUUUGAUGAACACACGAAGAACCUUGUACGAAAAAUAGUACAUGGUUUUUUCAUUAAAAAUGAACUUCUUACUCUGGAUAAAAUUGCUAACAAAUUGAGAAAUGAACCAGAUUUACCACAGAUAUCUCGAUCAUCAUUAUAUACAUUUUUGAAGGAAAUUAACUUCAGAUAUGUGCAACGAAAUCGUAAGAGUAUCCUAAUCGAACGUGACGACAUUGUUAGAUGGAGGCUACGAUAUUUAAAUUCUAUUAAAGAGUUUAGAAAAGAAGGUAGACCUAUUUACUAUGUCGAUGAGACAUGGGUUAAUGAGGGUCACACGAAAGAGAAAGUGUGGGUUGAUAACAGUAUAACAAACAGGCGUGAUGCUUUUAUCCAAGGUUUAUCCACAGGGUUAAAAAACCCUUCUGGAAAAGGAAAACGUUUGAUAGUGCUGCAUGCUGGCUCGGAAAAUGGAAUUAUUAUUUGAAGGCAAAAAAAGUGGAGAUUAUUAUCACGAAGAAAUGAAUGCUAACGUAUUUGAAAACUGGUUUUCAGAAUUUUUAAAGAAACUGCCUGACAAUUCUGCCAUAAUAAUGGAUAACGCGUCAUAUCACAGUCGUAAAGUUGAGAAAGUACCAACACAGUCAUCAAAGAAACUUGAUAUGCAGGCAUGGUUGCGAUCAAAAAAUAUUAAGUUCGAAGAAGGUAUGGUACGAUGUCAACUGUUGAAUAUAAUACGUCAACACAAGGAACGUUAUAAUUUAUAUGUAACAGACGAAAUGGCAAAAAAAGAAAAUAAAAUUGUCUUAAGAUUACCACCAUAUCAUUGCGAAUUG